AUGAAGAUCUGUGGGUGUUUCUCGCCAGUAUCCCAACGGGUGAAGGCUCUGUUCCAGCGAAGGGAAGAGCCGGAGAGGAUCCUAGAAAUUGGUCCUCCAACCAACUUUCGAAGAGAGGAGUUCACCAUACCUUUGUCGGAUGAAGACACCCUGAAUCGUCACGAUAGCCAUGGCGUCAUUGCAGAGAAGGAAGCAGCACAAAGCUCCAUAGUCGACCGAAAGACCUCGACCUCGACGCGAGACCAACUACGAGCAAAGAUUUUCAAACUCGGUUCCCGAUUAGCCGUUUGA